AGAUGGUUGGAAAAUGAAAAUGAAACACAGCAGGCUGAGACGGUGCGGAACGAGCGAGCGAUAGAGGGAACGAGGGAGAUAGAGAGAGCGAGAUCUUCAAUUUAGGGUUUUGAAUUUCAUUUACAUCAAGAAAUCCAAUCCCAAAAGCAGAUUUUCAUUUGGUAAAUUGGUAUAUCAUGAUGAUGAUGAUGAAGAUUUUUGUGUGUGAGAAAGAAGUGUGCUUGUUAUGUGCAGGGAGAAAGUGUGAGAUUUUUAGAGAGAGAGGUGUGAGAACGCUGAGUGCUCUGCUGAGAGAUUCCAUUACCCCAACACGACGAGGUGGAUAGAACUUUUUUUUUUCUUUUCUUGUUUUGUUUUUGGUUGUGAUUUUCCCCCUCAGAGUGGUAGCUUUUCAAUCUCUUCCGUUAAGCUUUGUUCAAGUUUCAAAUGGAACAGCGAAAGCUUGUGGUUUUGGGUAUUCCGUGGGAUGUUGAUACCGAUGGAUUGAAAGAAUACAUGAGCAAAUAUGGUGAACUAGAAGAUUGCAUUGUCAUGAAGGAGCGUUCAACUGGGCGAUCUCGUGGUUUUGGAUAUGUUACAUUUGCUUCAUUGGAUGAUGCCAAGGAAGUAUUGUCCGGUGAACAUGUUCUUGGUAAUAGGAUGCUGGAAGUCAAAGUGGCCACACCAAAGGAGGAGAUGAGAGCACCAGCCAAGAAAGUUACCAGAAUUUUUGUGGCCAGAAUUCCACAAUCAGUGACCGAAGCAACUUUUAGAAGUCAUUUUGAGAAAUAUGGCGAGAUAACAGAUUUGUACAUGCCAAAGGAUCAAGGCUCAAAGAUGCAUCGUGGAAUUGGUUUUAUCACUUUUGCAAAUGCAGAAUCUGUGGAGAAUUUGAUGUCAGAAACCCAUGAACUCGGAGGUUCUGCUGUGGUGGUUGAUCGAGCUACUCCUAAGGAUGAUGACGUUAAGCCAACUGGCAGAAUUUCACAGGGAGGAUAUGGUGCAUACAAUGCAUAUAUUUCUACAGCAACUAGAUAUGCAGCCCUUGGAGCUCCUACUUUGUAUGACCAUCCUGGCCCAAUUUAUGGAAGGGGAGAGCCUCGUCGGAGAAUUAGUAAAAAGAUUUUUGUUGGUCGUUUACCCCCAGAAGCAAAUUCUGACGAUCUCCGUCAAUAUUUUGGGAGAUUUGGCCAUAUAGAAGAUGUUUACAUUCCCAGAGAUCCUAAGCGAACAGGUCAUAGGGGUUUUGGAUUUGUUACUUUUGCUGAAGAAGGUGUAGCAGAUCGUGUCUCUCGAAGGCCUCAUGAGAUUCUUGGACAUGAGGUUGCAAUAGAUUCGGCCACACCUGUUGACGAUGCUGGGCCCAGUGGAAAUUUUAUGAUGAACAAUAUGGAACCUUAUGGGGGAUAUGGUGGUCCAUUGCGAAGUUAUGGAAGGAUGUACGGUGGCUUAGACUACGAUGAUUGGGGUUAUGGAGUUCCCAGUGGGAGGCCAUCAAGAGCAGACUGGAGGUAUAGACCAUACUAAUAUGGCAAGGUUCUAUUGUGGCAUUGCUUCUGCAGUGCUAGUAUGUAGGCCUGCAAACUGUGGUGCAGGUCUUCUAGUAGUAAUGAAUUAUGUAGUUGUAAGCACUGAAGGUCGGUCGGAUAUUACCUAAUCUAUUGUAAUAGCGGAAAUACUUAUUUUCUUAUGCUUGAACAAUUUAUUUAUCAUCUUGUAUCUAAUCAUAGUGCAGAUUAUGGUCUGUUAGAUCUCUUUAUUGACAUAAUUAACUUAUUAAACUUAAGAGUUAUGAAGUGUUCAUUAUGUAUUGUCAAACUGGAAAUGUUGAUUUAUGAUCCAGAAUAAACUAGCGGUCUAGUUUGUCUAUCA